AUGACCUUCGAGGAUCUCAAAGAAAAGCUCACUGACGGAGCUAGCCGCGAGGUUUCACCAAAUCGCGGAUCUUCUGUCCCUCAAGAUGCCGCAAUCCCUCUCGAGCGCACGAGCAUAGCCGACUGGCGAAGAGCGAAUGACAUCGACCCAUCGAAGCAGAUCCGCAUCACCAAAGUCAGCCACAUGCGCUACCAGCACGAGGACCUGGACGAGAUAACACGGUUUCUGCGCGACUUCGGGAUGAGCGUUGCGAAGAAGACGGAUAGCCAGCGCUGGUACCGCGGCUACGGCUCCGACCAGUACGUCUACUACGCCGAGCAAGGCCCGAACAAGUUCCUCGGCGGCACCUUCGAGGUCGAAUCGUAUGCCGACCUCGAGAAGGCCUCGUUGCUUCCAAACGCCGGUCGGAUAGAGAAGCUCGACGAUGCGCCGGGAGGAGGCUAUCUCCUUACUCUCACAGAUCCCGAAGGGUUUCCCGUCAACCUCAUCUACGGCCAGGAGGCCGCGCAACCGGGCAGCAUGCCCGAGAUCCUCACGACGAACUACGAAGCCGAGAAGCCGAGAGUAGCGCGGUUCCAGCGGUUCAAGCCCGGGCCGGCCGCCGUGCACAAGCUGGGCCACUUUGGCCUUUGCGUGCAGAACUUCGAGGCGCAAGUCGAAUUCUACACCAGAAACUUCAACCUCGUUCCCUCGGACUUCCUCUAUGUGCCGGAUGAGAGCAGCGAGAAGGGACGGAAAGACGUCGCGCUCUUCGCGCACAUUGAUCGUGGCAGCGACUAUGUCGACCACCAUACCUUCUUCAUGUCGACGAACACGUCGAGCCAUGUGCACCAUUGUUCUUUCGAGGUCCACGACUUCGAUACGCAGAAUCUGGGGCAUGAGUGGUUGGCGAGCAAGGGCUACAAGAACGUGUGGGGUGUCGGCAGGCAUAUACUAGGGAGCCAGUUGUUUGACUACUGGUGGGAUACCAGCGGGAACAUGAUUGAGCAUUACGCGGAUGGCGAUCUGGUUAAUGAUGAGACGCCCGUUGGAUGGGGGGCGGCGGGGGAUGAGAGUCUGGCCGUUUGGGGCCCGGAGGUGCCGAAGUGGUUCUUGGACUAG